AUGGCUGACUUUGCAAAAUCCAUCUUUGGUUUCAGUGGAUUCCACAAGAAGGACAAUAAUAAUCAAUCUUCCCAAUCACAAUCAUCGGAUGGUACAUCUCCACAUCCAGAAUACCAACAACAUCAACAACAACAACAACAUCAACAACCACAGCAGUUCAAUAAUCAAGUUGAUCCUUCUAAUACUAACAAAUUCUUACCAAAAGGAUUAGUAAAUGUGACUCCAACCACAGCUAUCGCUGAUAACUCCUUAGCAUAUGGUACUACAUCAACUAUUAAAUCAUCAAAUAACACUAAUACAGCUUUCCAUUAUCAACCGGUUGAGCCAUUUAGUGAUGGUCAACCUGUAAUCAUCACUACUGAUGAAAAAGGUCAAAAUUUAACUCAAAAUAAGAAUAAUUCUCAACCAAAAGGGAAAUUAAAGAUAACAAUCAUUGAAGGUAAAGAAAUCAUUGCAUCUCAACCUUAUGUCGUGUGUAGUUUUGAAAGUUCUGAAUUCGUUACCAAUGCUCCAGGAUCAUUUGGUAAAUCUCCAUCAUCAUUCAAUAGUCAUCUUAAACCUUUAUCAUCAACCAAUGCUGCAUUACCUAUGAGAAAUUCAUCAUCAUCUUCAUCCAAUAGACCAAGUUUAUAUUCAAGACAAUCUUCAAGUCAACAUUUAACUAUUGAUGCCAACAAUUCUAAUCCAAUUUGGAAUCAUGAUGCUUUAUUCGAUGUGGUGGGAUCGAAAUCAGAAUUAGAUAUAUCUGUUUAUGAUGCAGCUAGAGAUGAUGCAUUUUUAGGUCAUGUUCGUUUAUUUCCUUCCACGGUUCAAAAUAAAAAAGUUCCGGGUGAAUGGUUACAAUUAAAAGCUAGAAUCAUAGGUGAAAGAGUUUGUGGAUCUAUUAAAAUUAAAUAUGAAUAUACUUCCUUAGAUUCUAAAAAACUGUUUGGUCCUGAAGAUUUUGAAGUUUUAAGAUUAUUAGGUAAAGGUACUUUUGGACAAGUUUUCCAAGUUAAAAAGAAAGAUACUGAUAGAAUUUAUGCUAUGAAAGUUUUAUCCAAAAAAGUGAUUGUUAAAAAGAAGGAAAUUGCUCAUACUAUUGGAGAAAGAAAUAUUCUUGUUAGAACUUCAGCAGCAGCAUCACCAUUUAUUGUGGGAUUAAAAUUUUCAUUUCAAACUCCAACUGAUUUAUAUCUUGUGACUGAUUAUAUGUCAGGUGGGGAAUUAUUUUGGCAUUUACAAAAAGAAGGGAGAUUUCCUGAAGAUCGAGCUAAAUUUUAUAUUGCUGAAUUAAUCUUAGCUUUAGAACAUUUACAUGAUAAUGAUAUUGUUUAUCGUGAUUUAAAACCAGAAAAUAUCUUAUUAGAUGCUAAUGGUCAUAUUGCUCUUUGUGAUUUUGGACUUUCUAAAGCAAAUUUAAAUAAUGAUGGUACAACCAAUACUUUCUGUGGUACCACUGAAUAUUUAGCUCCUGAAGUUUUAUUAGAUGAAUCAGGUUAUACUAAGAUGGUUGAUUUUUGGUCAUUAGGAGUACUUAUAUUUGAAAUGUGUUGUGGUUGGUCACCAUUUUAUGCUGAUAAUACUCAACAAAUGUAUAAAAACAUUGCCUUUGGUAAAGUUCGUUUCCCUAAGGAAGUUUUAAGUCCAGAAGGUAGAUCAUUUGUUAAAGGAUUAUUAAAUAGAAAUCCAAAACAUAGAAUGGGUGCUUUAAGUGAUGCAAGAGAAUUAAAAGCUCAUGCAUUCUUUAAUGAUAUUGAUUGGAAUUUACUUAAAGCCAAAUCUAUCCCACCUCCAUUUAAACCUCAUUUAACAUCAGAAACUGAUACAUCUAAUUUUGAUCCUGAAUUUACUAAUGAAUCAACAUCCAUCUUAAAGAAACAAAUGGAAUUGGCUUCAACUCCAUUAUCACCAGGUGUACAAGCUAAGUUCAAAGGAUUCACCUAUGUUGAUGAUUCAACCAUUGAAGAACAUAUUGGGAAAUCUUAUAGACAUAAUACAUUUAAAAGUCCAGGCUCAUUUAUUCCAGGUAAUCCAAACUUACCACCUGAUGAAGAUGUCAUUGAAGAUGAAGGUAUCAAUGAAGAAGAUGAAAUGGACAUUGACGAAGAAAAUCAAAUGGAUGAUGAAUUCGUCAAUGGUCGUUUUGAUUUAUAA